UCACUCUGGGCAAGCUAUUCAUCCAAAGUGAAAAUGCUGCCCCCUUAUCCCAAAUAAGUUUUUUAAACAUAGUGGCGGGUCAAUUUUGACCCUAAAGACAACACAAAGGUUAAAAUAACAAAGACAAUAAAUGUUUUUGUCAAGUUCCUUAAAUGUGCUGUGAAUGUUCCUAAAUCAAGCAAGUAUCCUGCACCAAUCCCAGAAAGUUGUGGGAAGGCUGUAUGCUAAAUAAGCAUAGGACAACCAUGCUCUCACAAAGCUCUAAGAAACAUAGUUCCCAGAACGUUAUGUGCUAGCUGGGGGUACUCCAAACUAUCCAGACACUGCAUUAGAAAAUAGGAAAUGCGGUAUAUAUACGCUUCAGAAUAAACUUAUGAAACCUACAAACUGUUAUAAUAAUCCACAUUUUCUGCUGUGUGUGUGUGUGUGUGUGUGUGUGUGUGUGUGUGUGUGUGUGUGUGUGUGUGUGUGUGUGUGUGUGUGUGUGUGUGUGUGUGUGUGUGUGUGUGUGUGUGUGUGUGUGUGUUAAAAGGUCACUUCUCUGAGCGCUCUCAUUAUAUCGUUAUGUCAGGGAGAUGUACUAGUGAAGGGAAAUGGCUUGCAGCAAAAACAUAAACAAGAGAACUUCUCAUGGGAAGAAAAGCUGAGGUAGAUCCACUGGUGCUGCAGAUAAACGUUGUGCCCAUCCAUCUCUCCCUGCCAUCCUAAGUCACAAACACUACUUGUAGCUUAGUGGACCAAAGGGCUGAAGGAAUUUCUCAGGAAUGUUAAUCUUGUCUAUGCAUUAUUAAGUAUAGAAGAGCUUCUCAGCUAGUACAUAACAUUCUUACAAAAUACUUUAUUUAUUGGUAUUUCAUUACAUUAACAGAAAGUUUCCUAAAAAUUCAAACAUUGUUACAUUUAAUUUUAAUUUUGGUAAUAUUUCGGGAACGCUCUCAGACUGGUUUGACAUUGGGAAUGUUCUGAAAUAGUUCAGAAAACAUUAGGAAACAGUGUUCUUCUAUGGGAAUUUCAGCAUUUCAGCGUAACCUUUCCUACAGGUUUCCUCUUGGUUCUAUCAACUUGUUCCAAGAGCAUUAAGAAACCUUCCAUCAAAACCACAAUGAAACUUUAGUAACUUUCAGAUGACAUUCUAAGAAUGUUAUUUCAAAACAUAUAGGCCAAUUUUCCAUUCUCAGCAUCAACAAAACUCUCUCUAUCCUCGAUCUUGUUAAGUAUGUUCAGGGGAGUUGGGCGCGCCCACUAGUUGGCCACACCUGAUCUUAAUAAGUGUUUCCUUUGAAAUGGGGUCUGUUUGAAUAGACGAAAAUUAACAGCUUAGUAUGCUUAAAAAAACAUGGUAUGAUAGCUCCAUCCUGGUGCCAUAGUAGGCUUAUUCCAUGGAUAAAAACAGAAGGUUAAAGGUUGAAUCUCACUGAUGCUGUGUCUUGUCACAAAAAAACUAAAUGUUUGCGUGAUAAAUAGCUAAGGAAAUACAUUUCCAUGUGUCCUAUCUGUGCUUCAAUAAAGUUAACCCCAAAUAAGCUAACAGUGUUUUUGAAAGUUUUAAGGAAGUUAUUAAAAAAUGUCUAAAUAACCUCAGGGCAUUAAUAAAACCUAAGACGUUCUCAGGACCUCCCUGCAACCUAAAAAUAAGCAUUCCCUGUGGAUGCAACAUUUUCACUUCUUUUCUCAUAAUGUUUAAAAAACGUUAAAUUUUGCUGUUCAGGAAACUGAUGGAUUUGUUCCCACAACCAAUGUGAAACCAAAAACAUACGUUCCCACAACAUCCAAGAAACCAAAUGUGUUAGCGGGAUUGCGAUGCUAUAAACAAACAAAGUGAAGAUAGACGCGAUUCCAAUUCAAAGUGGACACACCAAUGUAAAUAUUUACCUCAUACAAUCUUGAGUUCCUCAUUGUAAUGAUGAUUAAUUGGGAUGAACAAGAAAGGAAAGGUCACCUGGUAAAAAGUGUUGACUGAAACGGCUUUGUUCAAAACAGUGUUUUGGUCUUCUCUUUAGGCAUACCCAUAAACAGUGCAUUCGGAAAGUAUUCAGACCCCUCGACUUUUUCCAUAUUUUGCUACGUUACAGCCUUGUUCUAAAAUGCUUAGGCUCUGUUCUGUGGUGCUAACUUUACCGAAAGGCCUCAACUGACAGGUUCUGCUAUCCUCCUGAGGGAACUCCACUCUGACCAUGAGGGACCGCCUGGAGGAGCUGCGUCAGAGGGCCCAGGAGUUCCGGGAGGCAAGAAACAAGGCAGAUGAGACCCCAUUCCCUGAGGAAGACGCUGACCCAGAUGACCCAGCGUGGGUUAGUGUCGCCACCCCGCAGCAGGCUGUGGUGUUUGAGGAGGAACCAGUCCUGGACAACUUCCUGUCCGAGGCUCAGCAUAUCCGCGGUGACAUCACUGAGCUCGAAACCGAGGUGAAGAAGUUUAGCCAGCAUCAAAGGAGCCUGGUGGCAGCCAUGCGUCGUUUCAGUGUGAUGAAGAAGGAGAGCAGUGUGACGAGGGACAUCAAGCUGCAGGCAGAGAGCAUCUACAGACGGCUGGACGCCCUCUUCAAGAAGGCACAGAGUUUAGAAGGCCUGCAGGGACUAGCUACAGCCACUACACGCAUCCAACGCUCCCAACACGCAGCGCUACACAGACAAUUCCAGCAGGAGCGGUGUAAACACUUCAUCAUCCGGCAGCUGGAGGUGUCUGGUCGCGACGUCACCGAGGAGGAAGUGGACGAAAUGGUUUCUGCAGGGAAGUGGGAGGUGUUUAACCAGAACCUCCUCAACAAUGAACGCAUCACACGCUCUAAGCUGUCUGAGAUCGAGCAGAGACACAAGGAGCUGGUGAAUCUGGAGAGCAACAUGAAAGAGCUGAGAGAUCUGUUCAUGGAUGUCUUUAUUUUGGUGGAGGAGCAGGGAGACUACAUAGACCACAUCCAGACCAGCGUAGAGAAGACACAGGACUAUGUCACCGUCAGUAACGAGAAGUUUAAAAUGGCUGCCAGGUACAAGAAAAAUAACCCAUUGAGGAGGCUGUGCUGCUGUUGCUGCCCCUGGAGGUGAUGCACAUAGAGGAGAGACUGGAGAUGCCCUGGAGGUUUUUCAGAUCGGGAGAGGAAGAGUUCUGGAGAGUCUGCAGGUGGCAUUUCACUUAUAAGAAUCUUCAGAGGAGACCGUGUGAAUCAGGCCUUCGUAGUCGAAUUGCUGCAAAGAAACCACUACUAAAGAACACCAAUAAGAAUAAGAGACCUGCUUGUGCCAAGAAACACGAGCAAUGGACAUUAGACCGGUAGCAAUCUGUCCUUUGGUCUGAUGAGUACAAAUUUGAGAUUUUUGUUUCCAACCUCCGUGUCUUUGUGAGACGCAGAGUAAGUGAACAGAUGAUCUCUGCAUGUGUGGUUCCCAUCAUGAAGCUUGGAGGGGAGGUGUGAUGGUGUGUGGGUGUUUUUCUGGUGACACUGUCAGUGAUUUAUGUAGAAUUCAAGGCACACUUAACCAGCAUGACUACCAUAGUAUUCUGCAGCGAUACGCCAUCCCAUCUGGUUUGCGCUUAGUGGGACUAUCAUUUGUUUUUCAGAUGACCUGGCCUCCACAAUCACCUGACCUCCACCCAAUUGAGAUGGUUUGGGAUGAUUUGGAAAAAGCAGCAAACAAGUGCUCAGCAUAUGUUGAAACUCCUUCCAAAUGGUUGGAAAAGCAUUCCUGGUGAAGCUGGUUGAGAGAACUCCAAGCGUGUACAAAGCUGUCAUCCAGGCAAAGGGUGGCUACUUUGAAGAAUCUAAAAUAUAAAUAUUUGUCUUGGUUACUACAUGACUCCAUAUGUGAUAUUUCAUGGUUUUGAUGUCUUCACUAUUAUUCUACAAUGUAAAAAAAUAGUGAAAAUAAAGAAAAACCUUUGAAUGAGUGGGUGUGUCCAAACGUUUGACUGGUACUCUACAUAUGAAUGCAUUUACCUGUGAGUUUCACUUCAAAUCAGGCAGGCUCAAUGGAAAGUCUGUAAUAUUUCAAAAUCUCAUUGUGGAUUACGUUAUUUCACUGUGGUUAUAUGUUUGAUCCCUUUUUAUUUCGUUAAUGCCAUUUAACAUUUCAGAAGAUGGCUUUCAGACAAAGACAUCAAGAUUAAAACCCUCUGACUAUGAACAAACAUCCUGUAUUAGGUGAAACUAUGACACAUUUCAAUGUGUCACUGUGCUUUGUCAUAGCAGCAGCAGUGUGGGAGUGUUCUUAAUUAAAUACUGAUAUGUCUCACAGUGAACACAGGGGAAUGCCCGGUCACGAAUAUAUGGCCAAGUAUGGGGGACACGUUUAUGUGUGUGUGUGUGUGUGUUUGUCAAUACCUCAAGAAUAUUAAACCAACUAAAAUUCAAGAGAAGUGAAGGUAUUUUGACGGUCCUCACUUGUAAAAAAGCUAUUUUAGGCUUUAGGGGUUAGGGUUAGAAUUAGGGUUUAGGUUAAAAUUAGGGUUAGAGGUUAGGUUUAAGUUUAGGAUUAAGCGUUAGGUUUAGGGAUAAGGAUUAACGUUAGGGUUAAGGUUAGGGUUAGGGAAAAUAGGAUUUUGAAUGGGAAUCAAUUGUUGAUCCCCAAAAUUCAUCACAAGUAUAGUGUGUGUGUGUGUGUGUGUGUGUGUGUGUGUGUGUGUGUGUGUGUGUGUGUGUGUGUGUGUGUGUGUGUGUGUGUGUGUGUGUGUGUGUGUGUGUGUGUGUGUGUGUGUGUGUGUGCGCGUCAACAGUGGACCCAGGUGUCUGAUGUCAGAGUCUACACAGAGGACAGGGUGUUCAUGGACCUGACUGGUAACACAGGUUUAACUGAUAUCAUAGAACAGGAUGUGUCUAGAUACACACUGCAGGACACAGGGAGGAUAUCAACACAUGUAGAAAGGUGGGUCAGCUCUAACACAGCUGAACAGGGCACACAAUGCUUUCCGAAGGUAUUCAAACCCCUUGACUUUUUCCACAUUUUAUUAAGUUACAGCCUCAUUAAAUGGUCUUUCUUCCUCAUCAAUCUACACUCAAUACACCAUAAUGACAAAGUGAAAACAGGUUUUUAGAUUGUUUGUGUGCAAAUGUAUUAGAAAUAAAAAAAACUUUACAAAAAAUC